UGGCCAAUCCAUGCCUGAUGAUCUCUCUCCCUCACAGGUUCCCACUCUGAUGAAAGCAACAGCAGAUGAUGAAUCGCCUUGUCCUGGCUACCUCUUUGAAGAAAUCGGAAGUAUCCUUUUAACCCCAUCACCUCCCACUGUAUGAUGAUACACUGUUCUGAUAUGAAAGAUCAUUUCGCAAGAUUCACCUCUUUUCAAUGUCAACCCAAAGACCGUAAAGUUUGCACCCUUUACCGUCCUGGCCCUGCAGAAAUCUCCCAGGAGUCCACUGGGUGUGGUCAGUGCCUGUUGGAGUACCUGUUGGAGAGGCUGCAGGUAGAAUCCUGCCAUGUCAAAAUAAAGGUGAGCUCAGCUAGCCAGGUUAGCAGGCUUUCACCUGCAUUAAGAAGCCCCCAAACACUGAAUUUGACCAUGGUUUGUUAACUGAGGCUGAAGAGGAAUCAUGUAGAAGAAUGCAGCUCAUCUUCACCAUAAAUGAUGUAAUCUAUUAAUUUGUUCCUCCUGUGCCUUAUCCCUCUUCCCUUUCCAUCGUUUCUGUCCUUCCAGGUUCUGAAGAUCUUCGUCCAUCUCUGUGGCCACGGAUCACCUCACUUGCUGACGGAACUUAGACGGAAUUCCACCUUCAUCCAGCAGGCCUCAGGUGAGAUGAUGAACAUGCCGAUGAUGAUAUGACCACUAACACAUCUCACUGUCUCCAUUUCAUCUGUCUCUUUAUGACAGCAGGAUUUCAGAGAGCUAUGAGUGUUAUACUGAAUCUGCGUUUUCCCCUUCAGUUUACAGUGGUCCCCCUGACCCCAUCCAUGGCACUGCUCUGUAUCAGAAAGUGAGGGCCACAGCACAGGUGAGCCAAGAUAAUGAUAGAGAAUGUCUAAGCCAAUCACUAUCCCUCUUUGUAUCUCACACACACACACAAUGCUAAUCCUGUGUUUAUCUGUCUCCAGGAUAUAGCCAGGUUACUUUUCACAGACACAGCCUCUCCCCAGAGCAGCUUGUCUCCAUGCCAACUAGCCAUGCCCAACAUGGGUGAGUACAUUAUAUUGUUGUUAUUGCAUGUUCUGCAUGUCUACCUUACAUUUACAUGUUAGUCAUUUAGCAGAUGCUCUUAUCCAGAGUGAUUUACAGUUAGUGCAUUCACCUUAAGAUAGCUAGGUGGGACAACCACACAUCUCAGUCAUAGUAAGUACAUUUUUCCUCAAUAAAGUACAGUGGGGAAAAAAAGUAUUUAGUCAGCCACCAAUUGUGCAAGUUCACCCACUUAAAAAGAUGAGAGGCCUGUAAUUUUCAUCAUAGGUACACGUCAACUAUGACAGACAAAAUGAGAUUAUUUUUUCCAGAAAAUCACAUUGUAGGAUUUUUAAUAAAUUAAUUUGCAAAUAAUGGUGGAAAAUAAGUAUUUGGUCAAUAACAAAAGUUUCUCAAUACUUUGUUAUAUACCCUUUGUUGGCAAUGACACAGGUCAAACGUUUUCUGUAAGUCUUCACAAGGUUUUCACACACUGUUGCUGGUAUUUUGGCCCAUUCCUCCAUGCAGAUCUCCUCUAGAGCAGUGAUGUUUUGGGGCUGUCGCUGGGCAACACAGACUUUCAACUCCCUCCAAAGAUUUUCUAUGGGGUUGAGAUCUGGAGACUGGCUAGGCCACUCCAGGACCUUGAAAUGCUUCUUACGAAGCCACUCCUUCGUUGCCCGGGCGGUGUGUUUGGGAUCAUUGUCAUGCUGAAAGACCCAGCCACAUUUCAUCUUCAAUGCCCUUGCUGAUGGAAGGAGGUUUUCACUCAAAAUCUCACAAUACAUGGCCCCAUUCAUUCUUUCCUUUACACGGAUCAGUCGUCCUGGUCCCUUUGCAGAAAAACAGCCCCAAAGCAUGAAGUUUCCACCCCCAUGCUUCACAGUAGGUAUGGUGUUCUUUGGAUGCAACUCAGCAUUCUUUGUCCUCCAAACACGACGAGUUGAGUUUUUACCAAAAAGUUAUAUUUUGGUUUCAUCUGACCAUAUGACAUUCUCCCAAUCCUCUUCUGGAUCAUCCAAAUGCACUCUAGCAAACUUCAGACGGGCCUGGACAUGUACUGGCUUAAGCAGGGGGACACGUCUAGCACUGCAGGAUUUGAGUCCCUGGCGGCGUAGUGUGUUACUGAUGGUAGGCUUUGUUACUUUGGUCCCAGCUCUCUGCAGGUCAUUCACUAGGUCCCCCCGUGUGGUUCUGGGAUUUUUGCUCACCGUUCUUGUGAUCAUUUUGACCCCACGGGGUGAGAUCUUGCAUGGAGCCCCAGAUCGAGGGAGAUUAUCAGUGGUCUUGUAUGUCUUCCAUUUCCUAAUAAUUGCUCCCACAGUUGAUUUCUUCAAACCAAGCUGCUUACCUAUUGCAGAUUCAGUCUUCCCAGCCUGGUGCAGGUCUACAAUUGUGUUUCUGGUGUCCUUUGACAGCUCUUUGGUCUUGGCCAUAGUGGAGUUUGGAGUGUGACUGUUUGAGGUUGUGGACAGGUGUCUUUUAUACUGAUAACAAGUUCAAACAGGUGCCAUUAAUACAGGUAACGAGUGGAGGACAGAGGAGCCUCUUAAAGAAGAAGUUACAGGUCUGUGAAAGCCAGAAAUCUUGCUUGUUUGUAGGUGACCAAAUACUUAUUUUCCACCAUAAUUUGCAAAUAAACUCAUUAAAAAUCCUACAAUGUGAUUUUCUGGAUUUUUUUCUUCUCAAUUUGUCUGUCAUAGUUGACAUGUACCUAUGAUGAAAAUACAGGCCUCUCUCAUCUUUUUAAGUGGGAGAACUUGCACAAUUGGUGGCUGACUAAAUUAUUUUCCCCCCCACUGUAUCUAUCAGCAAUGUCAGAGCUAGUAAGGGGGAUAAAAAAAGUCAAGUGGGGGGGUGAGGAGGUGGUGCGAGGGGGGUGCUGUGGGAUUAGUUAAGAUGCUCUUUGAAGAGGUAGGGUUUCAGAUGUUUUUGGAAGAUGGGUAGGGACAAUGGUUCCACCAUUCGGAUGCCAGGACAGAGAAGAGCUUGGACUGGGCACUCCCGUAGGGGUGGGAGGGCCAAGAGACCAGAGGUGGCAGAACGAAGUGCUAGGGUUUAGGGUUUGAACAUAGCCUGAAGGUAGGGAGGGGCAGUUCCUCUUGCUGCUCCGUAGGCAAGUACCAUGGUCUUGUAGUGGAUGCAGGCUUUGACUGGAAGCCAGUGGAGUCUGCGGAGGAGCGGGAUGACAUGGGAGAACUUGGGAAGAUUGAAUACCAGGCAGGCUGCAGCGUUCCGGAUAAUUUGCAGGGGUUUGAUGGCACAAGCGGGGAGCCCAGCCAAUAGCGAGUUGCAGUAGUGCAGACGGGAGAUGACAAGUGCCUGGAUUAGGACCUGCGCCACUUCCUGUGUGAGGUAGGGUCGUACUCUAUAGAUGUUGUAGAGCAUGAACCUGCAGGAGCAAGUCACUGCUUUGAUGUUUGCAGAGAAUGACAGGGUGUUGUCCAGGGUCACGCCACGGUUCUUUGCACUCUGGGAGGGGGACACCGUUUGAGUUGUCAACAGUGAUAGAGAGGACUUGGAGCGGGCAGGCCUUCCCCGGGAGGAAGAGCAGCUCUUUCUUGUUGAGCUUGAGGUUGUGGGCCGACAUCCAAGCUGAGAUAUCUGCUAGGCACGCAGAGAUGCGUGUCUCCACCUGGGUGUCAGAAGGGAAGAAAGAGAAACGUAGUUGAGUGUCAUCCGCAUAGCAAUGAUAGGAGACACCAUGUGAGGAUAUGACGGAGCCGAGUGACUUGGUGUAUUUAGAGAAGAGGAGAGGGCCUAGAACCGAGCCCUGGGGCACACACUAUCUCUGCCCUAAUACUGCUACUAAUGACAGACCUCUGGCUACUGAAUUGAUUACAAUCAAGUUUACCCAAUCCUCCUGACAGAGAGAUUGAGGAAGAAAAAUGGAGGGAGGAUGGAGGAGAAGAGAUGAAGCAGGGAGGAGUGAGGGAGAGGAAGAGACGGGGGGAAGAGGGAGUGGAUCGGAAGAGAGAGUGGAGAAAGGGACAAUGGUUGUCUUUGAUUGCUAAGGUCUAGGUUCGCUCUUUCCUUCCAGGCAUCGGGUCGGAGUCUGCCCAUGGAUCCAGAAUGCAGGGGUUUGGAUACUGCCCAGGGAAGAAGAUAACAAGUAGGUGAUAGCGACAAGGCCGCCAUUUUGGUUUCAUGUGGCUCAGUGGCCCUUUUCGAAUACAUUUCAAAUGCACCCAGUCAAAUCCAUGUCCUGUCUGUCUCUUAUAUUGCUUUCUGUUUCCGGCAGGUGGCGAGACCCUGAUGGACAAGAUCCACAAGGCUACUGAGUUUGUGGCCAGUGCCGUCCUGCCCCCGACGGAACAACAGGGUAUCCGUCUCCAUGACAACCACUACCGGGCGGUGGUGGCACCCUCAGGCCCUGUAGAGGUGGCAGUGCCAGCAUGUGCCUACACUGUGCCUCCUCACAGACCCAAAGGUGAGAGAGGUUUGUUGGUGUUUUUAAAUUGGCUGUUAUAUUGCGGUUAGAUCAUUAGGCUGUUAUUACAUAUGGCCAGUUCCUUCUCUCUCUUCCACCUCUCAGUUUCCCAGUGGUGUCCAGGGCAGGUGGGCGGGGGCUGGGAGGAGAUUGACAGUGGCCAUAGCUCCCCCCACAACUCCUCUCAGGGGAACGUUGACCACAGCCAGGCCUCGGGGGGUGGGAGCAGCAAGUCAUGUGGCACCGGGAGCCAAUCGGGAGCCAGUAGGGAGAGCUCCGGGGACCUUUCAGAACGGUGAGUCCAAAAAAAUAUUAAAUGAUAUAGUAAGUCUUCACCGUCAAAAUACGAAAUGAGUCAACCAUGCCGAGUCUCCUUUUUUCUUCCUAUAUCCAUCUUUCUCUGUCAGGGUGGAGGCCAUGCAGUUAGGGGACUGUGGCCAGGAGAUGGCACUAAUAAGCAGAAUGACUGAGGGCUCCAAGGUCUUCCUGUCCAGAAAGGAGAGCCAGCACUUCAUCAAGGAGUUAGUACCGACCAAUAGAUUGCAUCUUAUUAGAACAUUCAACCUUUAUUCCUCUCUACCUUCACCUUGAUUUUUGUCCAGUGUUUUUUGGAUAUGUUUUAAUUCCCUCUCCUCUGUCCCCAGGUGUUCCACUCUGAACUGUGAGGUGGUGGUGGAGUUGCUCUCUCGCAGACUGCAUGACCCGUCACAAAUUGUCCAGAUGGUACAGUCAAUUGACUGUUGGAAUAUGCUGCUAUUUUGACCAGGUUUUUCUUGAAAAAAUAAACAUAAAAUCUCAAACAUCAAAUGUGUGUGAAUGUGCUGUUUCCCUCGUCCCCCCAGAGGGCUCUGUGUGCUGUGGCCUGUCUCAUGAUCUCUGAUCUGCUGUCUCUGGAGCAAAUCUUCGGGGCGACCCAGAGGAGGCUGGCCCAUCUGAGUGAGGGACCCCCAGGGGCUGUAGCCAACAAGGCCACCAAGGUAACACAUAAUAACAAUCUAGUUAUUACCUUUUAUAAUAUUAAAUAAGGUAACACCAGAGAGGGAGCAUGGGAGUAGCCUUGGUGUUAAAAUCUAAGAUGAUGAUCUACGAUGAUGGUUGACUGAGCACAUAUUUAGUUUUGCAUUGUAAAGAAGAAUGGUUUUGCCUUCCAGAUCCUUCGUCAGUUUGAGGCUCUGAUGGGCCAGCCAAUCAGUGGUGCCAGACGUAAUGUAGCAGCAGCCAGUAGUGUUCUUUCCUCCUCCUCGGAAAAAAAGCCCCCUACUCUCACAAGUCCCGCACUUCUACUGCCAACACACCCAUGUGACAUCACGGUCCUUAACCAUCACAGAGUGAGGGACCCUGAGCCCUUACGUGGGAGUCGAACUCACCCCCCUCCCCUACCUGACCUGGGCUGGGCCCAAAGAGAUACAUCUGAGAGGUUACUAAAUGACAACCAUGAUGAUGAGGAGGAGAGGUCUGCUACUCAGGAUGAAGAAUUUGUGGAAAGUCAGACUGGGUUCAGGACUGGUGAGACCCAGCUCACCUCAGAUCUUACAGUUAAAGACCCAGAGCUCCAGACAGAGAGGGACCCCAUCCGAGUCAUGGACCCCCAGACCGAGCAGCCCUGUGGGGGCAGACUCUCUUUGUUCAGUGGCAUGGAGCUGGUGACCAGAGGGAAGUCUGUGUGCCCAUCAACCCUUACAGAGAGGAAUGGAGACAUGCAGCCUGAGGCGGAAAAUAGAGACGGGAGGGAACGUUUGAGUGUUGAAACGGAGAGCUUUACCCCUACAAACACACCGCUACUCUGUCUCGAGGACAACAGUGAUACAACUCCCAGGUGCGACCUCAUGCCCACCAGCAGUCAAUCAGCCUCAGCCUUUUCUUUCCUUGAUCUCUGACCUCGAACACUGAACAGUAAUGGUUAGGAUAAUGUCACCAUAAGU